AUGCCAACAUUCGAAUUGACGUCCGACAACGAAUUCAUCAUGGCAUCCACCGACGAACGCACGGACGUCAUAGUUCUGCAGUACUCCGACGACCCAACCGCCCUAGAGAUGAUCCGUCCGUCCCCCAUCUCCGGCGAGUUGACCGACGGCGUUAGGGUUGGAGCUUCCCCAAAGGCCGAAUACAACGCGCUCGAAGUCAUGGGCGCGGUGAUAAAGAAGAGAAGACUCAAGGAACUGGCCAAGGACCUCGCCCUUCCACUGCUGGACGGCGGGUUCCUGCCUCUCUUGGUCAACCGCCGCGGCCUCUGCCUGGCGGCGGACAUCGACCACCCGUCGGUUUGGAGGCUGAGGAUCAACGACUACUUUGGCUGGUCCAAAUACGGCGUGAUCAGAGAGGUUUUGGACGGCGGCGGCGUGUGGAACAAAUGUGACAUGUACAAUGGUGCGGUGGUGGUGGAUGUGGAGGAAGCCAUGAGCGCCGUCGAGGAGGCUAGAGAGCUGCGAGUUGCACUGAAGGAGAAGAAGAGAGUGAUACAAGACGGGAGGUCGGAGCUGGCGGUGUGUAGGAAGGAAGUGGAGUGCAUGAGGGAAGUGGUGGAGAAGAGCAACAGAGAGGUGGCGAUGGUGAAGGCUCGGCUUCAGGCUUUCAAGGCGGGGCUUAGGUGCUUGGUGGAUGAUGAUCAUCAGGACGGGGAGUAA